AUGACAGAUAGUUUAUUAUCAAGACCGCAAACAUCCCACUUUACUAUAGCUCCAUAUGAACUUCAUAAGGAUUCAUUCAUAUUUGCUAAUGGCGAUCGAUAUGAUGGUGAGUAUAUUAUUACCAAUGAAGGUCAAGUGAUGCGUCAUGGUCAUGGUAAACAUAUAGGUGUUAAUCAACAAUAUAUUUAUGAAGGUUCAUGGAAUCAUGAUAAAAUGCAUGGAACAGGACAAUUAACUUUUGCCAAUGGUACAUCGUAUAAAGGAGAAUUUCAAUCAAAUUUUUAUCAUGGUAUCGGCAUAUACACAUGGUCAGAUGGUACACAAUAUAAAGGUUUAUGGCAUAAUUCAAAACCAAUAGGUAAAGCAGAAUAUUUUGAUUCCAAUUUGGGUGCCUCAUUCAUUGGUAUGGUCAAUGAACAAGGAAUAAACAUGCGAUAUAAACUUGAUCGUGCAUAA